AUGUCAGGACCAAUAAUUUGUUCAAAGUUUGAUCAGUCGGGGAACUAUUUGGCAACCGGUAUGGUUGCUCUUGAUUCCCAUCAAGUCAAAGUUCAAUCCAUAACCUCAUCUCAAGCAUCGUUAAAUACAUCAUUCACCUUGGAAAAAUCAAACAAAUUAGUAAAUUUAGCAUGGAUCCCAUCAGAUUCAAUACAAUUGUUAGCUCUUUGUUUAUCCAAGGGAAGUAUUUUGAUAUAUUCUCCUCAAACAAAUGAAAUUGUUCUGGAAUUGAUUAGUUCUGCAAAUGUCUCAAUUUUGGAUUUCCAUUACUCAACAACUACUAGAACUGGGUGGUCUUGCGAUAUAGAAGGAAACGUGUACGAAUGGGAUUUGAAUUCUUAUUUGUUAGUUGAUUCUUUCAAAGUCAAUGAAUACAUUGAAUCUGUUGAUUCGAUAAAUAGAAUAUCUACAGUAAUGUUCAAUUCUCAACCGCAUUUAUUGCUUGGUUCAAACGCAGUCUACCUUUUCAAUAUUAAACAAAGAGAACUUGUGAAAACUUUCCCAGGUCAUAUUCAACCAGUAAACUCGAUAACAGCUUUAAACAACGACAUGUUUUUAACGAGUGCUAAAGGUGACCGAUUUGUCAAUUUGUAUCAACUUGAUAAAACUGCCACAAAGGCAGUCUUUUUGGGUCUGUCCUCAGUAUCGAGCUUAUCAGUUUCUAUAAAAGACGACAAGUCAGUUUUGGUGAUUAUUAAUGAAGAAGGUGAUAUUGAGAUUUUCAACAAUCCAUUAGCAGACGCCAAAUCUCAAGUUUCCACUCCUGUACCGAAAAAGAAAAGAAAGCAAGUUGGUGUUUCUUCAAGAUCAUUCAAUGCAUCAAUUAAAUUAUCUCGUCCAGAACCAGAAAUCAAAAGCCCACAAGAUACACAUUUAUUUAUCAAUGCUGUUUCCACUGAAGAUAACUUGAUCACAUUCACUUGGUUGGAAAAUUCAACUAUCCCAUUCUUUGACACCCUUAAAUGGAUUGAUGAAACCGGUUCUUUGCUUCUUGAAUCAGCCAAAGUAUUGCUAAAAUCUAAACCAAAUUUAAAAGUCACUCAACAUUUGACUAACGGUCACGAUGUGGCCGCACCAAAACUUUAUACUGAAGGGCACACCAUUGUGAGUGAUGGCAGUAAUAUCAGAGAUUUGGAAUUUCAAGACCAUCAAGAGGAUGAAGAGGACACUGAGGAAUCUUUGGCUGAAAAAUUAGAGCGAUUGGCAAUGGAUCAAACUUCACAACAAAAAUCAAGAAGAAGGAAACUAGAAGAGGCAAGAAGUGGUGUAUCUUUAUCGAUUGUAUUAACCCAAUCUUUGAAAAAUAAUGAUCAAGCUUUAUUAGAAACCGUGUUAUCGAAUCGUGAUCCUAUCACUAUUCAAAACACAAUCAGUAGAUUAGACCCUUAUUCAUGUGUCACAUUUUUGGAUAAAUUGAGUGAGAAGAUUCAACGUCAACCAACAAGAUUUGAUCAAGUGAGUUUUUGGCUCAAAUGGAUCCUUGUGAUUCAUGGUCCAACUAUGGCUUCUUUGCCAAACUUGAGCAUCAAACUAUCUAGCUUACGUGCAGUAUUAAAUAAGAAAGCUGAAGAAUUGCCAAGAUUAUUAGAAUUACAAGGUAGAUUGAAAUUAAUGGAUGAUUCUGCUGCAUUGAGAAAUGAGUUUAGUGCUGAAGAAAUAGCUGAAGAUCUUGAAGAACGAAGUGAUAUUGAAUACAAUGAAGAAAUUGAUGAUGCAAAGUAUGUUGGGGUGAUCAGCGACGACGAAAGCAUGGAUGAUGUGGAUGACUUUGAUGAUCUUGACGAUGAAGAGGAAGAGGAAGAGGAAGAAGAGGAAGAUGGUAUUCCUGAUGCUGCAAAUUUAGAUGAUAGAGAAGAUUCUGAUCUUGAAUAA